ACAGGGCACCUUCGAUCGAUGGGCUGCUGUCAACAAAUUAUGUGAAAAAUAUUCCCAAAAUAAAUCGUUUAGAGAAACGACGGUAACUUUCCUUGUAUUUCCUUAACAACAUCCUGAUUAAUGCGAUUGAAAGUGCCAGUUAAAUCCGAUCAUAUAUCGAAAACUGAUAGUGAAAGUUCUGUUGUGUUGGUUUCGGUUUGUUGAUAGUGACGGGGCUGGUUUCUAAAACAUAUGUCCGUGGCUUCCUAGCGAAUGUUACGUAAGGCGUGAUAGUGCGCGGUAUGUCGUGGAUGAAGCAGCGACAGGGCGCGCCUGUCCCGCCGCCCGCCUCUGACCAGCACCAGUAUGUGCCUCACGGGCAAGCGAGCAGCGCACAGACCCAUGGAAAUCAGCAGAAUAUGUAUCAAGGAUAUCAAAAUCCACCUGGAAAUCCACAGCAACAGUACUGGCCUGGGCAGCAACAGCCACUGCCACAACAGCAGCAGCAAUACAACCAGUAUGCUCAGGUGUACCAGCAGGACUAUCAGACCAACGCCAACCAGUUUUACCCUCCGCAAAACCAAUACAAUCAGAACUACAAUCAGUUCAACUCACAGCAGGGCUACCAGCAAAAUUACUAUCCUGACCAACAAGUACAACCACAGAGCUACCCUCAGAAAAAUACUGAUGGAUGGGAGGAUAAUUGGGAUUGGGGGUGGGAUGAGGCUUCAAAGCAAGCUCAAAAGCAAAAUGUGGCAGCUCAACAGAAUCUAGCACAACAACAACAACAACAACAACAACAACAACAACAGCCACCACCACCUACCUUCCAUAAUGCUAAUGUGAUUGAGGAAAGUUUUGCAACAAACGAUACUUGGAACUGGACAGUUGAAGAAAAAAAAGAAGCACAAGAAAAAAAAGAUGCCCAACAGCGUGCGGCUAGAGUAGAUAACCAAAAUUUUCAUCCAUCCACAGCACAUGUACCAGAGCACAAUGUAGCUCUCAAACCUUUAGGGGACAGUAGUGCGCCUGAUGUAGAAUUUGGUGAUGAAGUAAUAAGACUUAGUGAUAAAGAUGCAGUAAAAGAAAGAUUACCAAAUCUAGAAUUAGGCAAUAGAUUCAAAUUAGAUAAUUUAACUCCUCAAUGGUCAAUAGAGUCACAAAUGUCCCAAGAUUCUAGUGACGGACCUCAUACUCAUUCUGAGGGAACAUUUAGGAGUGAAAAUCAAUCUAGAAGUUCAAAUAAAAGUAGCCCGGGCCUAACCACAGAAAACUCUAACUUUAAUUACUCAUUCUCCGGGAUUGAGGGACAUCCUCAGUGGUCUAUAUCUGGUGAACCAACUCCACCAGAUAGUACACAAAGUAAUAGUAGAAAAGGAAGUGAAGAUCGAAUUGUAAAGUCUAUGCAAGAAAUGAGUCUAGGUAAUCAUGAAAAUCCUGGUGUUGACCAAAAGACCCAUGCUACAUAUGAUAAUUUUCCAGUUCUGCAACCUCCUGCUACAGUGUUGCCUGCAGAGUCGAAUUCGGCACAUCAGCAUACACAGUCUGAAGCGAUGCCACCCCCUCCUCCUGUUUCAACUAAUUUACCUCCUCAGCCUACACUUAUAAAUUUCCCCCCUCCUUUAGCAUCUACCAAUUUGCCCCCCCCUUCAUCAACAAUUACUCUUCCUCGACCACCUUCAUCCUCCAGCAUGCAGCCUCGGCCGCCUUCAGCAAGCUCAUUACCACGCCCUUCAUCCUCGGCCUCAUCAACUGCUUCAGUUCCUUCAGCAAAUAUUUCUGGAAUUCUAUUACCUCCUCCGCCUCAGUUAAGUUUAGUUUCAAAUUCUAAUAAUUCUAUGACACCUCCUAUAUCUUCACAACCUCCACCUAAUUUGCCUCUACCGACUUCUUCGGCUAACCCGUUUAAAAACGCUGGUCCGUUUUCCCAUAAAUCAAUGACCAAACCACCAAGUGGACCACCUGUACAAUUUACAUCUCAACCAUCAAACACUGUUCUGACAUCACCAUCGGUAGUAAACAAAUUAUCGCAGCAAAGAACUCCAAUAGGCUUUGAGGCCAACUUAGAGACUACUCCAGACAAUUCCGAGAGACCUGAUCAACCACAAAUGUCUGCAUUUAGGGCUACGCCAGCGUCACAACACGUUCCUGAAAAUAUGGAGGUUGCCCCUCGCAGUGAUAGAAAUAAAUAUUUACAAACAGCGCAUCUUUCUAGUGGUGAUUAUGGAGAGAACACAGAUUUUAGUGGAAAUGCACCACCACCCGGACUGAGGAGGAUGGUCGUGGGGCAACAGGAAUCUGAAUACAGCCAAAACUUGAACAUUUCUGGUGAAGAGCCUCCACCAUCUUUUGCCCGAAUGGUCCCAGGGCAACAGAAUGAAGCCGAAAACGCUUACAAUCCACCAGGAGAAAAUUACAUGGAUCGUCACGGCGAUGGCCAGCCGACUGACAAUAGCAGUCGCCCUUACAGACAGGCAGACGGUCAGCAAACUCCUGAUAAUUACACACAGCCUCCUACUAGCAGAGCAAACGAAAGAAGACCAAUUGGCUUGGAUAGAAUGGUUCCAGGCGAGCCAAGCAACGACCAGUAUCAAGCUGGCAAUUAUCCUCAAUAUCAGGGAACAAACUACGCAGUUAGCGAACAAAGGAUCGUCACUGGCUUCGAUCACGAUUUUCAGUUACGCUUAGACGCUGGGCCUUCAGAUAUUAGAGAACAAAAUGUUGACGGAUCCGAUUAUUCUGAACAGGCGCUCAGAACACAGCCGAGGAACGUAAUAGGCGCUCGAGAAAGCAACGACAUGCCACCGGAAUACGGAGCUCCACCUGAAGAACAACAGAGGGAAGUCACAAUGGAAGGAGAAAAUUUACAGGAUCUGAGCGUGAUAUCCUCAACGGAAAUGACAUUCUCGCGGGAACAGAUUCUCGACGGAGCCGACACUACACUGACCGAGGCUGCGUUGGACAGAAACACUGACGCUUCAGAUUCUAUCAACCAUCCGACGACCAGUUCUAGACGGCAAUCCUUAACCAGAGUCACGUCAGGAGAAGAUUCUGAAAGAGAUAGGACGUACAAAACCUCUCCAAGGAAAGACAAACACAAGCCUUCCAGGGAAAGGGACAAGGAAAAGGACAGCUAUAGUCGCGAUAGGAAGUACGAAAAAGAAGACCGGAGAGAUAAGAGCCGCAGAGACAAGGACCGCAGAGAGCGCGACGACAGCCCCGAGACCAGGAGGCACCGGCGCAGCGCCCGCAGCCGCCGCUACGAGACCGAGGACACCGACCACUACAGCGACCGGGAGCGCGAGCGGAGACGCAGGGAGGGCUCGUACACGUCGCGCCCUCCCCGCUCCGAGGACAAGGAGCGCGAGAGGUCGCGCCGCCACAACGCGUCGGAGCGAGACAGGAGACACGAGGACGAGUGGGACAGCAGACACCGCUCCGACCGCCACCGCCGCUACCGCGACAUCGACCCCACCAAGAAGUACGGCAGCCUCAGGAGGCGCGACGACGACAGGAGGAGAGUUGUGACGUUCUCGAGCGAUGCAAACGAUAACGAUAGUGGUAGGAGAGAAGGUGAAACGUUCUCGUCACCGUCCCGACCGGACUCCCGCGAAGCGACGGUCACCGACGACGACGCCAACGAGACCCGUCGUCGAAGGAGACAACCGAGAGAUCCUUACUAUGAUGCGUACGGCGCGGACGGGUACACGGACGCGUACUCGCUGCAGCGGCGCCAGUACUCGUACUACGAGCAGCUGCGGCGCACCGACCCCGCCGCCUACCUGCGCGUCUACAAGCAGCUCGUGGCCGGACAUGCGCCGCACUACCAUGAGGCGUACUCCGGGCUGCCGUACGAGGGCCGCGGGGAGGGCGUGCACUCCGGCCGCUCCAGCGCCGCCGGACUCAAGGGACACGACACGUACUUCGGCGGGUACCGGCUCGACGGGUCGCACUCGGUGCGAGACGCGCCCUCGCUUCGCACUGACGUUUCAGACAGGGACAUAACGACGGAUGUGUCGUUGAACCUGCAUCUGGAAGAGUCGACCGUGCGCUCCGAGAGGAUGACCCCGGUGCUGUACUCCACGGCGCAUGUCAGGGCGAGCCUGGCGUCGCGGCACCUGGUGGUGGUGCGGCCGUGCUACCCGGUGGACGGGGCGGCGGCGCGCGUGCACGUGCUGGCGCUGGACGGGGCGCUGCACGGGGACCCCGACGCGGCCGAGCUGCUGCACUACCCCGGACCGCUUGUUAAAGGUGUGAGCCACAAGAAGAGCGUGAUCGAGUACUGCGAGAGCCAGGCGCGAGCGGGCGCCCCCCGCGACCCUCGUGGCCACGCGCUGCUGUGGGACUACCUGGCGCUGCUGCUCACGCAGAACGGGGUGGUGGUGGGGUCGGACUUGGCAGAGCUGCUGAUGAAGAACACCCGGGAGCACGAGGCGCCGGCCGCCAGCCCCGCGCCCCCCGGUCGGUACCCCGCCCCGGGCCCGCGUCCCUUUAUUUGUAUCGACCAUAUAUUCCAGGUGGUGGUGGGGUCGGACUUGGCAGAGCUGCUGAUGAAGAACACCCGGGAGCACGAGGCGCCGGCCGCCAGCCCCGCGCCCCCCGGAAGUCGUCGCGAGUCCUCAGUGUCGGACCAGCAGCCCGCCCCGGCGCCGCGGCCCGCGGCAGAGGACCCGCCGGCCCCGCCCGCCAUCGACGAGGCAGCCGCCCUCGACAAGUACAGGGAAUAUCUGUUGUGCGGCAACAGGAGGGACGCGCUAGAAUGGGCGGUGUCGAACAACCUGUGGGGGCACGCGCUGCACCUGGCGUCGCUGAGCGACCGGCGCACGCGCGCCGCCCUGUCCGCGCGCUUCCUGGGCGCCGUCCCCCGCGCCGACCCCCUGCACACGCUGUACGCCGCGCUCGCCGCCGCCCUGCCCCCCGCCGUGGCGCCCCCCCCGGGGGACCCGCCCGCCGACUGGCGCCCGCACUGCGCCGUGCUGCUCGCCAACGCGGGCGCGCGCCCCGACCACGAGCGCAGGCUCGUCACGCAGCUAGGAGACAGCCUCGCGGCCCGCGGACUGCUGUACUCAGCGCAGUUCUGUUACUUGGCGGCGGAGGUCCCGUUCUCGCAGCAUCCGCUGGCGCCGCUGUCCGCCGGCCCGCGCCCCCCGCCCCCCCGCCUGUCCCUGCUGCUGGCUGACCCCCGCGCGCCCUCCCUGCAACAGUUCGCCACCAACAAGGCGAUCUUUGCUACGGAGAUCUACGAAUACGCUAAAUCAUUGAACCAGGACUACGUCAUACCGGAGCUGCAGGUUUACAAAUUGUUGAUAGCGGUUCGACUGACGGACUGCGGGCUGUACGAACGGGCACUGGGGUACACCGAGCGAGCCGCCCGCGCCGCUGCCCCCGCACCCCGCCUGGCUCGGGCGCUCGCCCUCCUCGCAGACAGGUUGAAGUACCACGACCCCGCUCUGCAAGACGACGCCCCCCUGGACGAGGGGGACAGCGGGGAGCCGUCCCCCCGCCACCAGCAGUGGAUCGAGGACGUCAAGAACAUCGCCAAUAUGACUGAGUGUGCGCGUCCGUGUGUGCAGCCCGAGCCGCUGACGCAGCCCGACACGCCGCAGCACGCCGCGCCGCCCGGCCCGCCGCCGCCCUGGCCGGACCAGGCUCAUCAGUACCAGCAGCCGCACAUGCCCGGCUACCCCGAGCCCGUCGAGGAGACUCCCGACUACUCCGCGCAGUACUACACGCAGCCCCCGCCCCCGCCCCUGCAGCCCCCUCACCUGCUGCCCCACGCCGAGCCCCACGACUCGGACCCUCCCGCCUACGCGGCGUACGGCGAGGACUGGCACCGCACCGAGGAGCACCACGCCCAGACAUACGCCGACCCCUACUGGCAGGGUGACGCCGCCGGAUAUGGAUACGGCGAUUCGGGGCUGCGGCGCCGCCACCACCCCGCGCCCCGCUCCGCUCCCCGCCCGGCGCCGCGCCCCCCGCCCGGCCCCCUCGCGGCCGCGCGGGCCCCCCGCCGGUCGAGUGGCCGACUGAAGCCGCUCGUGUUCGGCGGCACAUAUCCCAUCGACGAGCCGACCGGGCCGGCAGACCGGCGCGCCCUGCGAGCCACCAUCGAGCGCAGCCUGGACCGCUUCGAGGAGAUCCAGUCGCGGCGCGGGCCGCCCGGCGCCGACCUGGUGGCGCGCUACGUCGUGGCGGAACCGAGGACCUUCGACAUCGACGAGCCCGUGUCGUUCGACGCGGGAGACGAGCGGCCCCGCAUCAGGAUGCCGGGAGCCGCCUACUCCUACGAGGAGGACAACCAGCCCGCCGCCGAGGCGACCGAGCGGGACACGGACACGCCGGUAACGAAAGCGAAAAAACAAGAAGAAAAACAAAAAGACGACCCAACCAAGAGCGACGGGAAGAAGGGCGGCGGCUGGCUCGGCGGGAUACUCACCAAGCUCUCGCUGCGGCCCCCCAACCAGAUGAUCCUGCCCGACGACAAGAACCCCACCAUCGUGUGGGACGAAGACAAGAAGCGGUGGCGCAACCUCGACGGCGACGUGGACGAGAACGACCAGCCCCCUCCCCCGCCCCCCAAGAUGGCCGACAUCGUCUCGCAAAUUAGGAGUAUCUCCCCCCCGCUGCAACCCAACGGCGCCCCUCCCUCCGUCCCCCUCGCCGGCCCCCUCACGGCGCCGCCUUCCAAUAUAUUCAAGAUGCAGAAGGGACGACAUAUAAAGAACUCAUACGUGGACGUGUUCAACCCGGGGGGGACGGCGGCGCGCCCCCCGGCCCCCGCGCCCGCGCCCCCGCCCCCGCCCGCGCCCGCGCCCUACAACAACUACUUCGUGCCGGCCCCCGCGCUGCAGAGCGGAGUCUACGAUCCCGCGCAAGCCGGCAGCGACGAGCAGUACCGCAGCGGCAUCUAGGCCUGCGCCCCCCGAGACAGUCGGCGCACGAGCGUUGGAGCCUCCAUAAACUUAUCUUAGUUGAACUUUGUACCGUCGGCGAGCCGGCCGCGCUCCGUGCCGGGUCGGGGUCGUGUCGCUUCCAAUUCGCCUUCUUGGCUGAACGUCGGAGAUUUAACAAAUAUGUUUCGACGAUCGAUUUACAAAUGACCGCCACAUUCGAUUGUUUUAACUAAAAUGAGUUUGUGAGAUGCGAAUCGAACAGAACUGUGAAACUUAACGAGUUGUCGAACGAUCGAGUCAGAUCGCGAGAGCUAGCCGACUAACUCGACAUUAGUUGCGGCUUAGUGCCGAUUGUUGACACAUUUACACGGGCCAUAGACUUGAGAUGCACACUUUAAAACUCCGACAAGUAUAUGUCGUGGCGAGAGGAAAGAGGGCGUUGUUGUCCGCGGGCGCUAGUUUAAAGUCCAUCGCAGGAUACACAUUAACUUUCAUCGCACGAUCUUAAAUCUGUGGUCGCUGAGAAUGUUCUACCCUAAAAUUGUUCUAAAUCUGUAUGUUUAUGAAUAAUUGAAAUGGCAAAGGACCCUAGAUUUUGUAAAAUACAAAUGAAGUAUGGAGUUUUAGUUAUGUUGGACUAAACUAUGACGUCACAGCAGCUCAUAGCGUCACAAUAUUCCGCGAUGUAUGUUUAUGGUCGUUUGUACCGGACGCUUGUAGCGUAUUGUAAGGUAACUCAAUAGAAUUUUCCAUUCAAUGUAUAAUUCAAUUAAUUUAAUUAGGUCGAUGAGAAAUCGUAUUAUUAUUACUAUUAUUAUUAUUAAAUUCCUAUUCAAUAUUUUCUUUAUUUCUUUUCAUUGCAUAAUUAAGACGGUUGUAGAUUUUGGUUUAAUUUUAAUAAAUAAUAUUUUUGAAUAUGUAGUAUAGUUAUGUUAUCAAUGGAUGCAAUGAUCGGUUGGUGUUACUGCAGUCUUUUCUUUUCUUCUAUCAGCCCUUCGAGCGUAUCAACUUUUAUUGUUUCUUCCACAUCUGCGGCAGUAGCAGCUAGCAGUACGCUGUACCAUAGACAUAGACAAUAAACUCUAGAAUUCAACUGUCUUUAUCUGUCAGGUUUUGUAAAAAGUUUGCAUGUACAGAAUGACAAAUGAAAUAUGUAAAUUGUCGAAAUGCCUUAGUAAAUGUUAGUUAAAACCGUUUAAAGGUGUAUUUUUGUUUUAUUUUGUCUGUAUAUUUGCAAAGAACUAACGAAGAGAAGAAUUUGACAUCAUGGAAAUAUAUCGGAACUGUAUUAUAUAUAAAAACUUACGGGAAAAUAUUUAAUAUACUUAUGUUAUGUAUGCUUA